AUGAAAACAGCUACACCAGGAGAUCUUUUGCCAUUGAGGGGCCCCUGGUCGGACGUGCCUUCGCCGGAGCAGUUGAUGAACUCUGCCCGCCCGCGGGUUGUCAAUGGGCCGCACGGCGCCUGGCGCGGCGCCCACCUGAGAGAUAGUCGGCCAGAGGGACGUCUGCACCGGUGCAGCUUCGCCGUCGUCGCCGUCGUAUCGGGGCGUCCGCUGGGAGGCCGCCAGUCGGCAGCGAGCCCUGCCCCACUAAAAAUACCGGAGGGGCGGCCGGUCAGGGCCUCGCCUUCGGCACCCAGUCGCAUCAGGCGUCCCUCGCCGGGAGGAGGGUGGUCCGUCCACUCACGGACCUGCCUGGACCUGCCCGCGUCGCCGCGUCCGCCUCUUCGCGGGACGUCGACGUCGAUGCCGCAGCAAGGGCGACGGGCGGCGCCCGCCCCCGGCCUGCCGCCGAUACGGCCCCCGGAGGCCGCGCCGCCGCCGCCGUCGGGGGCGAGGCUGCCGCCCGUCGCGCGCGCCUCCAAGCGGCCCAUCAGCAAGUCGACGAGCAGCGAGUCGGGCAGCGACCACAGCGGACACUGCGCGCUGCCGGCAGUGCCCAUCGACGUGACCGUGACCUCGCGCGUGGAGGUCAAGGCCAGGCCGCCGGUCUGCAAGCGCGGGUCGACGACCUCGACGAUUUCUUCCCUGCCGUCGGUCGGGUGCCGCCAGCCGCCUCGGAACCAUGUGGAGGAAGUUUCCGGCUUCGUGGUCGUCAGCAAGCAGAGCUACUACAAACCCAUCAGGAACCAAGGCGACGGAGGCUUCGGAGGGGCCAGUACAGUCCCAACCGGUCAAGCGCAAAGGCCGUUGCAAGAAAUUUUCCAUUCCACGUCCUGGCCGAGCUCACAACCGCAGAAAUGCCAGUGCGCGCCGCCUUCCUGUGGUGAUAGGACGCCUUCGGUUUUCUCUCCGGAACAGACCUCCGCGAGCUCCAAGACGAGGAGCAACCCCCACAGCCACUCUUCAUCGGGGCUCUCCAGCAGGAAAUGCAGCAUGAAGCCCAUCCAGGAGGAGUGCGUCCAGAGCAUCCGGACUCUCGAGGAGUCGGCGAACUUCGGGCUCCAGGACCGGAGCCCAAGGCCAAUCGGGAGCCGAACGCAGGUUCGUCAGCCUCUUCGAAACUGGCAACAACAUCCUGAUCCGCCACUGAUGAUCCGGAAAGAAUCGACGGAAGACACCGGGGAAGCGAGGAGGGGUUACGACCACUUCCAAAAGUUGCACGGUCAGCUCCCGGUCCAGGAUUGGAGGACGUCUCAGCAGAAGGUCCGCUCCCAAGAGGUGCUGCACCCGAAGACCCCCAGCGCGGCGUCGAAUUCCUGCUCGGAGGUCUCCGGCAGAGGGAAGAUGGUGUGCCCAGGGGAGAUCGACCAGUUCCAAAAGUUGCACGGUCAUCUCCCGAUCCAGGAUUGGAGGACUUCUCAGCAGGAGGUCCGCUCCCAAGAGGUGCUGCACCCGAAGACCCCCAGCGCGGCGUCGAAUUCCUGCUCGGAGGUCUCCGGCAGAGGGAAGAUGGCGUGCCCAGGGGAGAUCGACCAGUUCCAAAAGUUGCACGGUCAGCUCCCAGUCCAGGAUUGGAGGACGACGUCUCAGCAGGAGGCCCGCGGCCAAGAGGUGCUGCGCCCGGAGACCCCCAGCGCGGCGUCCGGCAGAGGGAAGAUGGCGUGCCCAGGGGAGAUCGAGCAGGCGCUCCUGUACCUGGACCGCAUCCUGGACUCGGAGGCUGUCGUCUCGCGGGAGGCAGAGUUGCCCCGGCAGGAGCGGGCCGUCGCGGUGGAGCCGCCCUGCCGGGAGGUGCGGGUGGCGCCGGCCGAGUUCACGUGCCGGUCGCGGGACCGGCUGAGCGGCGGCCGGGUGGUGCCGCGGGCCAGGGAGCCCUCGCUGCGGGAGAUCGAGUCCAUGAUGGUGUGCUGCGGCGAGAUCCCCGAGGUGGCGCGAGUGCGGCGCGGCCUGGACCGCCAGCUCGACCUCAUCAACAAGCUGGGCGCCACCAUCAAGGAGCGGGUGGACUUCACCGCGAGAGGCGGCGAGGCCGCGCCUCCCAGCAUGCACCUGGAGACGCAGGGCCUGUUCUCGUCGCCGCCGCCGCCCGCCGCCGGGGGCCUGUUCCCGCCCCUGGACCCCGCCUCCCCGCCGCCGCGGGACCUCAAGCCCCUGCCGCCCAUCCUGACCUUCGGCCGCCUCCCGCAGGGGGACGUCUACCCGGGACCGACGACCACAGCCUCGCCUGGGGCGCGGCGCUGCUCGUCGGGCUGGUCGACCCGGCGGUGCGGCGAGGGAGCGGACGUGGCGGGCCUGGUGCGCUGCUCGCCCACCAGCCUGGCUGGCCUCAGCUCCUCGUCGUCCCAGGAGCUGGGAAGGGCGGGCAGCGCCCCCGGAGGCUACGGCCACCUCUCGGCCAGGGAGGCGUGCUACAACCCCUGCCCUCUGAGGGACGACCACGACGGCGACCGGGACGAUGUGAAGCUCAUGCGCGCGCUGGAGCAGAGCUGCUGCCUCUCCUACCACGACCUCUCCGCCAACCAGGUGGUGGUGUCUCAGCAGGAGGCAGAGCUGCUGAGCUCGUACCUCAGCAGGCUGCCCCAGUACAGCCAGCAGCAGCAGCAGCAGCAGCAGCAGGCCGGGCUCGUGUCCGACCCCUUCCUGGGGGCGGAGCACCCCUCCAGCAGCCCGGAGCCCCAGGAGGAAGACGAGACGCAAGGCGGAGCGCGCGCGCCGCUCGAGUGCCGCUGGCUCGACUGCCACCUGCAGUUCGUCGACCAGGAGGCGCUGGUGCGCCACAUCGAGCGCACGCACGUGGAGGCGCGCAAGGGCGAGGAGGACUUCAGCUGCCUGUGGCUGGCCUGCCCGCGCCGCAUGCGGCCCUUCAACGCGCGCUACAAGCUGCUCAUCCACAUGCGCGUGCACUCGGGGGAGAAGCCCAACAAGUGUCCGUUCGAAGGCUGCACGAAGGCGUUCUCGCGGCUGGAGAACCUCAAGAUCCACCAGCGCUCGCACACGGGCGAGCGGCCCUACUCCUGCCAGUACAUCGGCUGCAGCAAGGCCUUCAGCAACAGCUCGGACCGCGCCAAGCACCAGAGGACGCACUUCGACACGAAACCGUACGCCUGCCAAGUGUCUGGAUGCAACAAGCGGUACACGGACCCCAGCUCCCUGAGGAAGCACGUCAAGAACCACUCGACCAAGGAACAGGCCCAAGCGCGCAAGAAGAUCCGGGGCGAGGACUCGGACGACGUCCAGGCCAGUGGUGCGGACGCCGCCGUCAGAGCGCUCUGCAGUCGCCUCAGCGAGACUUCCCGCUCCUCGGCGGACGGCUCCGUCGCGGACCGCCCGGCGGAGGGAUACACGCCCGAUGUUUCUUUCUGCGGAUGUCAGUCCAACCAAGGGGCUAUGACGUUCCAGAGUAUUCCGGACAAGCAUUUGCCUCCUGACCAAGCCAUGGAAUACCUGGGCCUGGCCGGGACGGACCCGCGCCCCGCUGACGAGGACGACCCCUUCCCAAUGUUCCCGCAGUCCUGCCUGCUGGAUGACGUCACGCUGGAGUACGUGCCCUUCGACUCCAUCCGCAAGCUGCUGGGCGACCACGUGGGCUACCUGGACUCGGCCCUCCAGGAACACCUGGACCUGGAGACGGACAUCGAGCAGCAGUUCCUGGAGCUGAGCGACCUGGCCGGAGGCCCGACCAGCUAACCAGGGGGUCGUACUGCGCCUCCGAGGAACCUGGUGAUCACGACGAAGAUCUCAGUGUCUUUUAGCUAGCCAUGGAGUCGUGCUGCAUUGGGGACUCCACCUCCGAGGGACUUGGUGACCACGCCGAAGAUCUCACGACAGUGUCUUCCAGCUAACCAUGGGGUCGUACUGCAGUGGAGGGCUCCACCUCCGAGAGACUUGGUGACCACGCCGAAGAUCUCACGACAGUGUCUUCCAGCUAACCAUGCGGUCGUACUGCAGUGGAGGGCUCCACCUCCGAGAGACUUGGUGACCACGCCGAAGAUCUCAGUGUCUUCCAGCUAAUCAUGGGGUCGUACUGCAGUUGGGGGCUCCACCUCCGAGGAACUUGGUGACCACGCAGAAGAUCUCAGGACAGUGUCUUCCAGAUAACUAGUUUGGGGUCGUGAUGCAGUGAGGGGUCCACCUUUAAAGAACCUUGUGAUCACGCCGAAGACUUCGUGACAGUGUCUUCCGGCUGAAUACGGCCUGGGAGCACCGUGGACCCCGGCGGCGCGAAGUGGCUUCAGCCGACAGUAGCGCCGAUGCUGACCAUCGAUGUCGGAAAUUUUGAUUCGUCGUUCGGCGCUAGCGACGGAGAAGAAGAAGAAGAAUGAUAAGGGUUUAGUGAUAAAGAACAAUUUGUUCACAUUUAUUUAAAGAAGCUAGUGAAAAAUAGAGGUUAAGUCUUUCGUAGUAACCAAUAUACGCUGUUUAAGUAUGUUUUUUCCCCCUCAGAGACAUGAGUGUUAGCAUAAGCUAAAAUAUUACCGUGACGUAAAUGGCCAUUUAGUUAAAAAAUAAAUAAAAA